GCAGUGUAUGACUCAAUUUCCGGCAGUUAUCGAAUCAAAACGUCUUAGAACACACGUCUUGCACAUCAACAUUUGUCAAGGCUUAAAUUUUUCGUCCAGGUUGUGUGAAAAUUUCCAUGGUAGUGUUAUAGGCCUAGUGAUAGUUUGGGAUAUAGUUAUCGAAUCAAAACGUCUGAAAACACACGUCUUGCACAUCAAUAUUUGUCAAGGCUUAAAUUUUUCGUUGAGGUUGUGUUAGAAUUUUCCAUGGUAGUGUUAUAGGCCUAGUGAUAGUUUGACAAGGCUUCUGCUGCACCAUUAACGUGAAAAGAUACUCAUAAGAAUCUCUUCCUCAUCUCCUUUGUGGCCCUUGUAAACAGUUAUUGUGAGGGACGAAAGCACUUUUUUUUUUUACAGCAGAGGAGACAGCUAGUGCAAGGGCGUAAAAAAGAAAAGAAAAUGUAAAAAAAAAAAAAAAAAGGCCCGCUACAUGCACACAGCCUUCACUAGAGCCACCACCACCACCGCAACAACAACAACAACAAUUAACAACAACAACAACAACAACAACAAUUAACAACAACAACAACAACAACAACAACAACAACAACAACAACAAUUAACAACAACAACAAGAAGUCAAAAUGGAGAAAAGCUAUAACCACCACCCCCACCUACAACAACAACAACAACAACAACAACAACAACAACAACAAAAGCGGAAGUUUCUGGAGGACGCCGUAGCAGCCGCCGCCAAGAGUUUCGCCACCAAGUUUCGUCGCCGCUUCGGGAAACUCGGAGGUCCCCGUUUCAGUGAAUAUUCCUUAUAUGAUAUGAAGGAAUGUUGUGAAAAUUCUAUGCAGCGGAAAGUUAAGCCCAAAAUGCUGACCCUGUUCCUGCACGCUGAGGACACCGACCGCUCGCACCGUUUCUCCGCUGACGUGCUGUGUCGUAAACCCGUCGCCGACUUCCUCAACGCGCACUGCAAACUCUUCGGUUGGGAGCUGGCCGACGAGCACCAGAGUAAAGGUGUCUGGCAGGCGGUCGCGCAUCUGGUGACACCUACGGUUGCCAGAAGCAUGAGCUACCUUCCCCUCGAGGAGCUGCCGGUGCUGGUGGUGCUAACGCGGAAUUGGUAUGGCUGGGAGGUGCUGGCAAUAAUCAGAGGUGACUGCCGAGAGAGUGAGGUAAUGGACUGUUUACACGUGACCAAGAGGUUGUUUGAGGCGCAGGAGGCCAUCAAUGAACAGAGGGUGGAGGAGAGACAGGCGAGGGGAGAACUGAACCAAUUGGACAUGAGGCUGAUGCAAAUUGGAGCCACGACGCGCUUCAAGGGAGGGGCCGAUCGGGUGUGGAGUUGCCCUCUUAGUCUGGAGCGUGAACAUGAACAAGAUGCACUGUGGACAGAGAUUCACGAGAAGAAGGAGGAGGAGAGUAAGAAAGAAAGGGAAUGGGGCAAGAAGGUCGGCAGUGCAGUGCUGAGCGGGGUAGAGGAAGCCAUCACCCAAGCGCUGGCCUCGGGGGAAGGCGAUUUGAAGGUGUGUGUGACGACGCCUUACAACAAACUGCAGACCCAUAGCCUCCUGACCCUCGCUGCUCUAAAGGGACACGUCCACCUGCUGGCCCUCCUGUUGGAUGCCGGCCUCAGCGUGGAGGGCCAUGGCACCAGCAGUUGGACCCCGCUGAUGGUGGCUGCCAAGGAGGGCCACUCGGAUAUGGUGAAGGCCCUGCUAGACCGUGGUGCCAAGAUACAUGCCAGGAAUGAUGAAGGCCAGACAGCACUCCAUCUUGCCUGCCAGGGUGGAAAUGGGAGAUGCGUCGUAUUACUUAUGGAAGGCACCCCAGUCGACGUCACAGACAAUGAAGGCCGAACCCCAGUCCACGCCGCAAGCCUCGAGGGACAUUAUGCCUUGGUGAAAAAGCUCGGAGAGAAAGGGUGGAGCCUCAACGUGAAAGACAAUGAAGGGAACUCACCUCUCCACGCGGCUGCUUGGGGUGGCAACAAGGAGCUGGUGCAGUAUUUAGCGAAGGUGGAUCCGAGUUUAAAGGUGAAGAAUGAGAUGGAUAUGACGCCCCAGGAUCUGGCAGUGGCGCGCGGGAACCAUGAGGUGGAGGAGUGGAUCGUGAAGCAGCAGAGGAGAGUCCAUCGCCCCAGCUCCCUGCAAGCCACCCUAGAGCUGAUUAGGCAGCAAAAAAUAAUCGACGAGAAAAUAUUUGAGCAGUACAGGAUGGCGUAUUUUGGGCAUGACGUGAAAAGGAUGAAAGACCUUUUGGAGGCGAACGACCCUCACCUGGUGGACAGCGAGGGCAGAACUAUCUUUCACAUCGUGGCCGUGAAUGAUAUCGAUAACCUCUUCCUCCGGCAGCUCCUCGGAACACAUGUACACCCGCACACACAAACAUACGACGGAAAAACACCUCUCGACUUAGUUCAAGACCUACUGAAACACCCCAAUCGGCUACGGAGUGGAAAAGAAGAUACUGAGAGGUCGCUUGCCAUCCUGGAAAGUCACAGGUGUCGCCAGGAAGAAGGAUCCCCGGAGAAGCUUUACCAGGAGCUCCUCAGCAUCAUCAGUCGAGGGGAUGACUGGAAGGCUGUUUCCAGGCUGCUGUGUGCCGGAGUGCCCCUGGAGUUGGCUGGGGACCUCCCUGGGUCGGCCCUGCAGCAGGCCAUCACCAGCGACAGACCCCGCAUCACUACUCUUCUCCUGGCAUGUGGCGCCCCCCUCACUCACAGCUCCCAGGGCCUUAACCUCCUGCAGCAGGCGUGGUACUCCCCCAACACCACCAGCAGGGUCCACAGCGCCAUCCUGACGGCAUUCUCGCGCCAGCUCAAGAGAGAGAGGAAACGGCUGCCCCACGGCGCUACCAAGGGCCUGCGUAAAGACUUGGCUCAAGUGACGGAGGCCAUGGACGGGCAAGAGCCAUGGGCCGGCUGGCCUGAACAACGCUCCAUGGCCACCUUGACGACCUACAUGACUGCCGCUGCCCGGGCCAACUGUCCCCUCGUGGUCAGCUUCCUGCGGUGGGCCGGUGCCUGGCCCUUCUUCAGUGUGGGCAGCAGCGGUGCCACACCCUUGCACGCCGCCAUCAAGGCCGGCAACGUCACCCUGGUGGAGGCCAUGGUGCGGGACCUAGGCGCCUCCCUCUACACCCCUGACACCAAGGGCAAACUCCCCCGGGACAUGGAGCAGCUGCCCUCAGGCCUCCGCGCACAGCUGGAGGAGCUGAUGUACCGGCGGGAGCGUGGCCGCCUGGAGGCCCUGGAGGAGAGGCAGAAGGACGAAAGCGAGAAGAAGAAGGUGGCAGAGGUGGUGGCUCUGCAGGAGACCCUCUUCAUGCGGUACAAGGCGGGGCACCUGGCUGCAGCAGGGGAGGUGGCUGAGGCGGUGGGGGUGCAGGCCAUGCUGGUGGCCUGCCGCAAUGGCCUGCUGCAGAUGCUGCACUUGCUGCUGGCGGUGGGGGGGCUGCCCCCCGACACUGUGCUGGACGCUGUGUGUGGCACCACCGCUUUGCACGAGGCCGCCGCCCACGGCAAGUCUGGCUCCGUGGCUCACCUCCUCCGUGCCCUGCAGGCCGCUGCUGCUGCCAAUGCAAGUAAGGUGGCCGCCAUUGCCACUGCUGCCGCCGCCACCAGUGUGAGGCCCCGGCAUCUGGACAGGUACAGUCCACUGCAGCCAGACAGGUACGGCCACACGGCCCUACACCUGGCAGCCAUGUUUGGCCACGGCCACACGCUGGAGCUGCUGCAGCACAGCGUGGGGGAGGACCCCCCCUGCAGAGCCGGCACCACGGCCCGGGAGGUGCAGAACAACUUUGUGGGGUACCUGCGGCGCUACCUGCGCUACGACGACUCCCUGCAGCAGGUGGCCUCCCCCCCAGUCCAGUGGGAGGCCCAAGAUACCCUGAAGCGGCUGCUGCAUGGCGUGGACCUGCGCAGGCUGCCUAGCAAUGCACGGCGCGCCAAUGUGGACUUCAGCGACGAGGCGGGCGAGGCGGCGCGAGUGCGGCGGGCGGUGCUGCGGGCGGCGGGCCUCGUGGUGGGUGGGGCGGCGUACAUGCCGGGGCGGCGGGUCAGGCUGCGGCUGGUGGGAAGCAGCAGGGACGGCUCCAAGCUGUUUGCCCCGGAUGAAUUUGACAUCAACGUGGUGGUGGCGGCGCGGGGCUGCGUGAAGGUGACGGUGCAGGAGGCAGACCCACUACGGGGCCACCCCUGCCUGCUGGAGGUGGAGACGGAGGCGCCGGAGCUCCAGGGGCUGGGGCUGGCGGAGGGGCUGCAGCAGGCUGUGGGCCGGGCCCUGGCAAGCGCCGUGCUGGAUGAGCCAAGGCUGAGCGUGGUGCCGCCCGGCCUCACCCCCACCCAGGUGGGCGUGGCGCUGAGCCUGGCCUGGCAGGGGGAGCAGUACCCCCUGCUGCUGGUGGGCGUGGACCUGGUGCCGGUGCUGGAGGUGGACUGGCACCAGGACAUAGAGCGGCCGUCCCUCACCCCCCCGGGCACCGCCGCCAUGCACCUCAGCGCCGCCAGGGACGGCUCGUGGCGCUGCAGCUUCGCCCAGCUGGAGGCGGAGGUGCUGGCCGGCAUGGCCCCUGGGCAGCGGCUCGUGCAGCUGUGUGCCAAGCUUCUGCUGGCCAGCCUCAAGGCGGAGCGCUGGAUGCCACGGCGUGUCAAGGCGCUCAGCACCUGGUGGAGCGGCCGGGCCUGGACGGUGCCCGUGCCUGGCGGCUUCUGCCUCAAGAGCUGCAUCUUCCGCCUGCUGGAGAGGUGGCGGGCGGACGGCUGCCUCUGGGGAGAAGACGACGCCAUGCUGGGGGUGAUGGAUGUGCUGGAGGAAAUGUGCCAAGACAGGGCGACAGGCACGCUGGGGCAGAUCAAGGCCUACUUUGGGGGGGACUUUGAGAAGGCCAAGGACUCGCCCAACGCCCUCCUCAUCCUGCAGCACCUCCAGCGUGCUGCCACACCACACAAGCGCUCACUCCUGGGCCUCAGCACCCUCAAGCGCUGGUGGUGGCGGUGGAUGGCUGGGGUGUGGCGGGGGCUGCAGCGGUGGCGGGCCAGGACAUGGCAUGGGGUGCAGCAGCUGUGGCUGAGAGAGCUGCCACCACCGCCACCACCACAUUGACACCCUCCUCCCUGCUGGCUGAGUGUUGGUCGUGGCUUUAACGACUCACUGUACUUGUGGUGUCUGCUACCCCCCCCCCCCCCUUUAACAUUCAUGGGGGGAAGGCCUUCAUACAACCAUCUUGUACUGGCCUCUCAAAAUGGCCAAAAAAAUACCCAAAGAUGCAAAAACAUACUGGAAAGUGCAAGAAAAUGACGAAAAACACCAAAACUUGCCUUAGAAAUUCCAAAAGGUGCCAGAGAACAAAAAGUCAGAAAAUAUAUUUUCACUGAAUGACUUACUGACCGGAUGACUGACUGAGUAUCAGAAACUCUACUUAAGUAAGGAAAAAGAAAAGAUUCUGACUUAUUUCUUGACUGAACCACUGACUAACCGACUGAUUGAAUGCUUAACUGACUGACCAACUGACUGCCUGGCUUGGAAUGGUCUUUGGUGGUACAGAACCUAUUUAUUUGACUUUAUCCUAAAAAAAAAAAAAAUAAAUAAAAAUAAAAAAAUAAAUACAAUUAAGAGGCCAAAUUAGCUGAAUACUGUAAAGUUUUCAGAAAGGAUAAAUGUGCUUAAACUGAAUAACACUGAAUGUUUUGUUGGUCAUAAUUUCAUUCCAUCCUGUGUUAACAUGAAUCGAAUGAUAUUAAAUGCUAAAACAAAAGAAAAAAAG